CAAGUAUUUUAGAUUCCAGUCAAGUCUUGAGGUGGAAUCAGUUAGUUUCGAUUUUGCGGUGUUACAGAAUACUUCGCGAGUACUACCAGAAUGAGCGGUCCCUUCAAAAGAAGACCUUCCCUUAAAAAGCCACCCUCCAUCGGACUGGUCAAGUCCCCGUCCAGGAGACGAUCAUCAGCUGCUUUGUUACAACCAAUUCCACAAAGCCAGCAAGAAGUACCAUGGGAUCUCUUAGACCGAGUCUUGCCGCUUUUGUUUUUCUGCCAUGGGACUGCCUUAAUUCUUAGCAACAUCCUGAACCUUCUAAGGAUAUCGCAGGUCACUACGUUCACUUUGUUUAUAUGGUUUACGAUAGUUACGUUGGGAGCUGUCCUCUUUUAUCAUAAUCUUAAGGUUACAGUCGCAGGUAAGGCGAUCCUUAUAACAGGAUGCGAUUCAAGAAUAGGCAGCGCCCUCGCCCGGUACCUGGAUGACCUUGGUUUCACGGUAUUUGCGGGAUUCCAAAAUGCCGCCGACAAUCCCCUUGCGCAAGAACUGAAGGAGGAGUCGUCGGGACGCUUGCACGUCCUUCAACUAGAUGUCUCCUCUGAGACGCAGAUCCUUGCGGCCAGUCUGUACGCCGUCGAACAUCUUCCCGACGGGGCACCAGGACUCUGGGCAGUUAUUAACGCCGCUUCCUGGAUCGCUCUGGGAGAAAUCGAAUGGCUACCUCCCCAGAUUAUAAGGAAAGCAACAGAACUAAAUUUCCUUGGACCCACACGUCUCAUCCAAAUCAUGCUUCCGCUAAUUCGUCGUGCCCGUGGACGUAUAGUCUUCAUGACUUCCGGUUUGGCAAGUGUGGCAUCACCUGUUAGAGGUAUACACAGUGCCCUAUUGAAUGCGAUCGAGGCAGAGGCGUCUUGUCUUCGUCAAGAACUGAGACCCCGUGGGGUUGAAGUGAUUGUUGUCGCACCCGGGGAAUACACCGCUGGCAGCUCGUGGCUUUCUGACGACGACAUACGAGAUCAAGCCCAAGAAAUGUGGUUACAACUGUGCCACGAACAGAGAAAGAGCUACGGAGAAGAUUACUUUGAAACGGCUGUCAGAAGUUUGGAAAAGUUUACAAAAGGACCGGAAGCUGAUUUGUCCCCGGUGCUGCGCUCCUUGACUGAUUCUGUUGUGAAGACUUUCCCCUUACCAAAAUAUACUCCAAUUACACGACAAGAAAAAAUUCAAUCAUUCAUCGCAAAUCAUUUACCCCAAACGCUGUACAAUAUUAUUUACAACUAAACCGGUUGUUAACUAUUUUUAAGUUACAUUUUCAGCAACCAAAUUUACCAAAACGAAUUUGUUUUGUUAUUAGUAGUUUAUUAAUGUUGCUGGGUCGUAUUUUUUUGGACCAAACUGAUUUCCAAAAAAAAUUCUUGUAGAAAUAAAGACUUUGAUUGCUAUAGUGUACUGUACCUACUGCUUAUUCAUGAAAUUGUAGGAUAAUUAAAGAAACGUCUUUGGUUUGGCAAAAUGCAUUUUUAAUAUGCAUUUUAAAUAUUUUUUUUGG